AUGAACGAAUCUGCAAGUGAGAUUUCUGCUGAAUCUGAAAAGCCGGUUCAAGAUAAUGUCGAAGUUAAAUUCCCGCCCUUCCCAGACCCUAAUGAUAAUGAUUUUGAUGAUGACAUUACAGAAGAAGAAAGGAAUCAUUACAAGGAUAAAUUUAAAGAUUUGAAUACCAUUAAAACUCAGAGGUUACAUUGUUCUGCUUGUGACCGACAUUUGGGAUGUGCUGCACGUAAUGAAAACCGUAUGCGAUCGCACCCCAUGCUUCGAACUCUUGUUUGCCAUUCAUGCCAUACUUUUUAUAAUAGUGGAGAAUUCGAGAAAGGUGAUGAUGGUUCGGAGCUCUAUUGUCGAUGGUGUGGUCAAGGUGGCCAAGUUUAUUGCUGUUCUGAUUGCCCCCACGUAUUUUGUGCGAGAUGUAUCAGAAGAAACUUAGGGACACCAAAAAUAAAAGAAAUUGAACAAGCAGAUGAUUGGAAAUGUUUCAAGUGCAAUCCUAAGUGUUUGUGGGAUCUCCGUGCCAUCUGCUGGGCUGUUUUGCGCUACUGUGAUCAAAAAAACAAAAUAGCAUACAACACUCAAGAUCCUGAAUUAAAAGAUGCAUAUCAAAAGGAUUGUGCACUAGAUUAUUCCGAAUGUUGUAAAAAUAAAAUAAAGAAAAGAGAGCGCUCAGAUUCCAAUAAAAAGAAAGAUUCUGAAGUAUUAACAAAGAAGUCUACGGCAUCGAUAAUUUCAAAAAUAUCCCCAGCUAUUCAGGUCAAAAAAUUUGCCUCUAUCAAUCCAGAUGACAAGCAAGAAAAAAAAGCAUUGAAAAGACCUGCAAGUCCAAUUUCAAAGACCAAAUCAAUAUUCUUAAAGAACCCCAUUGCAUUAUCUGGUCCAAAUGUUUUAAACCCUGUCAGCCUGUCCAAUGCACCGCCAAAAAAAAUACGGAUGACACCUCCUCCAAUCAUGAAUGCUAUUCGAUUUGGAAAUGAAAGAAAACCAAAUUCGCUUCCAAUUCCUCGAUUUAGACCCAAACCUCAGGGAAUCCCCAUUCUUCCACAUCAUCAGUACAAUGGCUUUAACAAUGCAAACCCCUUCAGCAAUGUGGUUCCAAAUGACAACAUCAAUUUAUCACUGGAUAAUUUGACCCAGGGCUUGGAUAUGGCGGCUGUGGCAUCGAUGUCAAACAAUAACAGUCAAGACGAUGACGUCGUUUGCACACCAGAUUUACCGUUGGAACCACUUUGCGAGGUGAUGGAAGACACCGUGGAUGAUGAUGUUCAGUGCAUGACCCCAGGACCUGUUGCAGCUCCAAAAGUUAAUUCUGUACCACCCCUUGCACCACGAACUGGUAAUAUUGCCUUGCCAGAUUUAACGCCUGAUAAUAUUGUGCAGAUGACAGAUAAUGAUGUGACUGUAAAUGCUGCUACGGGCGGAUUGAAAUUCCGUGUAGAUCCUCAGACUUUGUCAUCUAACAAAAUGUAUCGACUGCCGGACGGCCGAAUAUUUGCUAUUAACGCAAAUCCCACAAUGCCAGGUGGUUAUUCAGCAACGAUUGUAGCGGUAACUGAAAAUACACAGGGUAAAACUGCUCCCAAAGGCGCAACAUAUGCCGCAAAACUUAGUGCUGUUACUUUACCACGCUCCUCUUCGCCGCCCCCUUUGAAAACUUAUACUAACAAGAGUAAACAUACAAAUUCAAAACGUAGUAGUGCUCAAAAUUCAGCUAAAUUUAAUAGAGGAACAGAGAUGUCGAAGCGAGAAUGUGACUUAAAUGUGCCCGUUGAAUGGUAUAGAUACAAUCUAAUUGAUGCUGUAGAUGCAUUGGAAUAUUCUUUAUCGAGAUUACAUAAAUUAAAGAAGGAAGCUACAACUAUGUUUUUAAGAACACGCUCAAUAAAUGAAAUGCGAAAUUUACAUAAAACAUUAGAUCGAUUGUUAAACACAUCAGUAAGUAGAUUCAAUGAAGUAAGGGAGAAUAUCAAUAAAGAAAUGAAACAAUAUAUCGCCAAGAAAAUGGGUAUAGCUAAUAACACCAGUGAAGAAGAUGAUGACGUUGAAAUAUUGCCCAACUUAGAAGAUAAUGAUGAUCCUAUUUUCAUUGAUGAAAACUCCGUGGAGUCAAAUGUACAAGAAAACCAAGAAGUUGAUUUGACUGGAGCUACCAGUGAGCAUAACAACAGUUCCGAUAAAUCAAUAGAUAAAAACGAUAGUGUUUCAAACAACCCUAGCGAUUGUCACAAUAUGGAAACUGACGAAAUAAAUAAUAUUUCUACUGAUGAAAUAAAUAAUGUUUCUACUGAUGAAAUAAAUAAUGUUUCCACUAGUGAAAUAAAUAAUGUUUCUACUAGUGAAAUAAAUAAUGUUUCUACUAGUGAAAUAAAUAAUGUUUCUACUGGUGAAGCAAAUUAUAGUUCUACUGAUGAAAUAAAUAAAGUUUCUACAAAUGAAAUAAAUAAUGCAACAAUAAGCAACUUUAGUGCUUUUAAUGAAGAUCUCACAAGGCAAAAAACUGAUAAAGGUGAGGAGAAUGAAGAAAGUAAAAAUGAACUGUAUACCAAUGUCAAUGAAGCCGAAUGUCACAACAAGGUAAAAGAAGUAAAAUGUGAUUCAGAAGAGCCUUCCACACAUGAAGACGACAUUAAAAAAAAGAAAGAGGAAGAAGAUGAUGAUAUCAAUGAGGGCGUGAAUAAAAUCCAUUGUGAUGAAACAAUGCAAGAUUCUAAACUAACUGAAAUUGUUGAAGCUUUAGAAAAAAAUAACAGCAAUGAUGGCUUAAACAACACAGAAGAUUUAAAGACAGCUGCAGUUGUAGAAAAACUUCAUGAUUCAUAA